AUGGCUGAGAUGCCUGGUUGGGGAGAAGACAUGGCAGAGGACAUGCCAGGGGACAUGGCAGGGGAGAUGCCAGGGGAGAUGCCAGGGGACAUGCCAGGGGAGAUGCCAGGGGAGAUGCCAGGGAAGAUGCCAGGGGACAUGGCGGCUGCGCCUUUACCUGUCUUGUCGCCACAGGGCGACCCAAAGAAGAGGAGGUCUCGCCACAAAAUCGGGCCCAUCCUUUGUGAUGUCAUUGGUUGUGGGGCUGAGAUCGAGAGAAAAUACCUGAAACGGUUCCGUCUGUGCCAAGAACACCACAGGUCUCUGGCGCUGGUCUCUGGGGACCAGCUUGUGCGAUUUUGCCAGCAGUGCAACAAGCUCCAUGAUGUGAGGGAGUUCACUGGUGACCACAGGAACUGCGACAUUGCUCUCAGGAAGAGGCAGCGAAAAGGCAACAAGGCCACAGACAACAAGGUGCGGAGCAAGAGCAGACUCGAGCCCAUCCACUGCAGCGAUCAGGAUUCAAGCACUGUGGGCUCCGAUUGCGAUGGGCUAACAUCUCCAAAACGUAGCAGGCCGUGCAGAGCGGACAACACCCCAGCACCUAGGGUGGUGUCCGUCUGCAAGGACGACGGAGAUAGGCCAUCCAGCAUGGGCCGACCAGGCGCCAGAGAUGGCAGGGACAUCGACUCAGCCAACAACGAUCCUGGGAAAGCCGGCUGUGGUGGUGGAAAGAGCAGUCCCAACUCUGUGACGCUCGACCACUGGUGGAGUGUGACGGAAGUGCGCAAACCAGUGUUCAUGCGCUCGGACUCGAUUUCGUCCUAUGAAGUGGGGUCUGUUGACGUGCAGAUGAAGCACCUGCUUAGUGAUGAAGAGAUCUCGGACCAGGAUCUCCCACUUCACCUGUGCACAUGCGGCGUCUGCUCCAUCUGCAGGAGUGCCCGUGAGAUUGCAUUGGAUGGCAGUAGCUGCUGGACCCCCUAUGAGUGCGGAACAGCUUGUGCACCAACGCAGGCCCCCCCACCAGUUCAACCAGUUGCAGAGGAGCCCACGGUGCCCUGCGCCAUGCAGGGCCAGGUGGAGCCAUCCAUGUGGUCGACCCCUUCGACUCCUGAUUUUGGGGAUGGCACGUCGGACUACUGGCAGGUGCCUAAGGCGGCACUCCAUGGCAUGGAGAGCAGCGCUGCUUGUGCUGCUCCUCUGGAACUGGAUGCUGAUCCGUUCUGCCCAAUUGCUGUUGAUGCGAAUGAGUUUCAACAGGGGCGUCUGGCCCAAUGGCCAGGUGUCAUCCCGGCAGUGGGCAGAGACACUCUGAGCCCAUACCCAAGACAGCAGUGUCAGAGCACUGCCCAGUCAAGAUUGGCCACCCAAGCUGUUUUGUACCGCAGGGCUCCUGCCAACUCCCUUGCCACAGCAGGGCCCAAUUUGCAUUUUGCAGCUCCGCGUGCUGGGAAUGCACAGUAUGGAAGACUGCAUGGGGACAGCAGAUGUGUACCAACUGGGCCCCCUACGGGUUACAUGCCUGGUCCAGUUGAUGCAGUGAGCCCCAAGUUCAACUGUGCUCAAAGGAAGGUGUAUCCCCCCCCACUGGCUAUUGAAGAACAACUCAUCGCUCAAGGCAAUGAAAUUUCCCCUGCUCUGCAGCGGGCCUCAGUAUCGCCUCACCAUCACAUGCAGGUGAUGCAGCCGACGCAGCCGACACAGCCUGCAGGUCUGCUAGAUAAUCCCCUGGCCUUGGCGCUGGCAGCAAGCCGUCAAGGCCCGCAGCAGAGGCCCCAGAACUUGGUGCAAUUCAGGCGCCGCACACUCAAGAUGCCUGAAGCUGUUCACGAUCCCCAGAUGGACCUUCUUGAGGCUCUGGGACCAGUUGCUGCAGGUGGACACCUUGCAGCCCAGACGAGAGCGAUGUCUGGUUGUGUUCGGGUCGUUGUCACUGUGGCUACAGAGGAUGAUGGGCUCAGUGGCAGCACACGAUUCCAGGCUGUGGCAACUGCGGAACCGCGGCAUGCUGCCCUCCCAGAUGUGAAUGAGGCGAGCAGCCACAGCUGCAGCGACACUCUGCCACACUUUGAAGAGGUUCCAGAAGGACAGGCACAGCAGGAGACGACUGUUCUGGAGCAAGUGGCCAGCCAACUGCCAAGUGCAGUGGCACAGAGGCUACCGACGGAUAAUUGCUGGAUCCAGACCGAGCACCACUUGGGUCGUGUGGUGGACGGGAACUUCCGCGAGCAAUGGGAUGUUGCUGAGCCGCUCAGGGGCUUUGACGUCCUGUCGAUUCUGCCCGCCACAUUUCUGGCUUCUCAGGACACGGAUGUGAAGAUCUUGGGUCGUGGCCUUGGACAGCCAGCGAGGGUGCUGUGCAGCUUCGGCUCUGAGACCCGAGUGCUCAGUCUCAGCCUGACUCGAAUAAGAGUGGGUUGGGCAGGCGAGGUAGAGAUCAUCGAGAGCCGAAACUCGGGGCAGUCUGCAGGGGUCGAUGCUUCUGAAGCUUUGGCUCUUGUAGCAAGGGCCCGCGGCGGCGUGGAGGUGGGCGACGUCCUUGAGGUCUGGAGUGGCCGAGUGAGGGCUUUCCAUGGAGAGGGCGUUGGUUAUGUGGAAGCUGAGAUGGGCCACUUGCUAACCAACCCCAUGCCCAUCAUGCUGACCAGCAGCAUGAGUGUGCUGGAAGACAUGGAGGUGCUGGAGAAAGAAGUGGAGGAGUGCCGAAUGACAGAGGAAGAACUUCGGCAGACACGCGAAGACAUUGGCCAAGUCAUCAGCCAUCUUGCACAUGGCAAUCAUGUGGCAGCAGCAAAGCGAGAGGAGGACCGGAUAGACUUCGAUGUCCGGCCCUGGAACGACCAGGGCACUCCAGAAUUCAGGGCAAUGAUGGUGACCCUGGCCAACUGGCAUGUUGGCAACUUUUGCCGAAGGGGUCUCCCUGCCCUGAUGAGGGCCAUGCUGCCAGCAGCGCUGUUGUCAGGAGCUGACUUCGCUGCCAUAGCAGAGCUGGCAUUCAGUGACGGGUGGACGCUUUUGCAUCUUGCUGUGAUGUCUCACAGCGUGCAGAUGGUCAGGGCUCUGAUGAAUUUAGGCAAGGAGCAUGGCUACACGUGGCGCUGGGACAUUCCUGGGCCAAUGGGCCUCACCCCUCUUCACAUGCUGGCUGUGGAUAUCAACGGAGCUGAAAUGCUCAAAUUUGUUGUUUCUCUUGAGCCAGAUGUGAGCGCAAUGUGGUUCAAGCUGUCCAUAAGCAACGGUGAGACCCCGGAGUGCUUUGCGCACCGCGCAGGGCACCCUGGGCUGAACGAUUUUGCAAGGGUUCACAGGGCAGAACGCACAGCCGAACAGGACUGGCAGGACCAGAGUGCGAGCUUGAUAGAUGCCGUUCCCAAGACAGAGGAAGCCCCGCAGCUCUCACAGCCCCAAGAACCAAAUCCUGAAGAAGAUGGUGCAACUUCUACUGCCCACAAUUGUGGGCAGGAGAAGUGCAAACCCUACGAAGAACCUUGCCCUUCCCAGGUCCCAUGUUUGACACCAUUAAGCUCUCUUUGGAACAGUGGAUUGAGGUUCACAGAUCCAGCGAAGGAAGCCAGGUUCAAGGACUACUUUGGACAGACACUGCAUGGCACCGAUGGGCUGUUCGCAUUCUUGUACGUGGCGUGCUGCAUGUAUGUGUUGUUGAUGAUCGAGUUGGGGAACUUCAAGCAACCUACCAGGGUUGUGUGGAGUCAGGAGGGCAUGCUGCCGUACGCCCUCGCGCUGCUGCCGCUGGGUUUGCCACUUGUCAUCAACUGGGUGUUCCAAAGCUUCACAUGGUACUACAAGUGGCGUGAAACCAUCCAUGUGGCUGGCAGCUAUGCGAGUGUUGCUGUGUCGCUCUGCUUUGGGAUUGGACCCAUGCAGUGGUUCCUCUCCAGAUGGUCGAACAGCUUGUUCGCAGUUGGUUUCGUUGCUUCCAGGGUGAGCUUUCCCACACAGGUUCGACUCUGUCAUCAGGUACGGCUGCAUGCUGCUGAGCUGUUCGUCGCUCUGGCCAGUGCCUUGCGCCAUGGCAUGCUGCAUCGAGCCUUUGCGGAGUGUUUCUGCAUGAUAUUGGCCAUGGGUGCCAACUUGGCGUGGACAUACUAUGAGGAGAAGCAGUCGCGGUUGAAUUUUUUGAACAGCAAGCCUCAGCGAAAGUGCGCCAAGAAGCUGCACAGCAAGUUGGCCUGA